AUGAUCAUUCAGCAGCUUCACGAUCACCGGGUCGUCCUCGUCAAUCAGGACUCGUUUUGUCGUGGACUGAGACCUGAAGAGUUGGAACAUGUUCAUGAAUAUAAUUUGGAUCACCCUGAGGCUUUUGACACUGAGCAGUUGUUAGAGUGCAUGGGGAAACUCAUUAGUGGCCAGGGCAUGCAUGUUCCCAUUUAUGACUUCAAGAAGCAUCAACGUUCUUCUGAUAGUUUUCGCCAGGUCAAUGCAUCCGAUGUGAUUAUAUUAGAGGGGAUUCUUGUAUUCCAUGAUCAGCGUGUGCGGGAUCUGAUGAACAUGAAGAUCUUUGUAGACACAGAUGCUGAUGUGAGGCUUGCUCGUAGAAUUAGACGUGACACAGUGGAGAGGGGCAGGGAUAUAAACUCUGUUCUUGAACAGUAUGCAAAAUUUGUUAAGCCUGCAUUUGAUGAUUUUGUUCUACCAUCAAAAAAGUAUGCUGAUGUGAUCAUUCCAGGUGGAGGUGAUAAUCAUGUUGCCAUAGAUUUGAUUGUGCAACAUAUCCGUACAAAGCUUGGUCAACAUGAUCUAUGCAAAAUAUAUCCAAAUGUCUAUGUUAUUCAGCCAUCUGCCUUUCACCGAAAAACAAGUGGUUACUCCCACAGAAGCUGUACAAAAUGCAAUUUCGACCUUUGUCUCAUCUGCUGUCGUGAGCUUCGCAAUGGGCAGCUUGUAGGUGGUGCAGAUCCAAUUGAGUGGGAGUUUUUCUUUAAAGGACAUGGUUACUUGCAUGCUCAAGAAGAAAAGGCUCAAGAAGAAAGAAUAAAGGUAGAACAGAAUGCAUCAAAUGUUGAUGCUAAGCCUGAGGUUCGUGAAUGGUCAAGAUCUAGGUGGCAUGCAGAAAAUAAUGGUAGCAUUGCUUGUCCAAAAGUUAAUGAUGAAUGUAACCAUGGUUUUCUUGAACUGAGAACCAUAUUAGGCCAAAGUUUCAUCACAAAUAUGGUGCAUAGUGCGAAUAAACUAGCACAUGCAUACAAGCUUCAAGAUGCAGUUAAGACCCCUGAAAAGAUGUGUUCAUGUUUGAGGCAUGAGAGGAACACAGAUAACAGAUAUACAAAUACGAGAAAGGUUGCUUCUCGGGAAGAUUCCAAUGACAACUAUUUAUACUGUUCUAGGGCUGUAGAUUUACAAGACAAGGAUUUAAGGCAUUUUCAGUGGCAUUGGGAAAAGGGGGAGCUUGUGAUUGGGGUUGUGGUACGUAAAUAG